CAGCAGCACAAACACCAUAAACGCAAACUCAAGAAAUUGCAGAAAAGUGACAGCAAUUCAAACAACUCGACGACACCGACGUCUCCGCCAAACGGUUACCUAUCAGUCAAUAAUGACUUUCAAAUCAAUAAAUCAGAUAAUUAUUUAAAACCCGAUUCGCAUGCCUUCCGGUCUACAGUCGAGUGUCCGCCCAAUGACUCCGAAGACGGAGGCAUUGAAUUCACGGCCAGAAAGGUGUCGCCGGACUCGUCGUUAUCAAAACAAAGUAGUGACGCGACGGCCACCAGAGCCUCGACUACAGCCGAAUCGACACUUCCCUGGAGAAGAGACAGUCCGUCGAAUCCAGAGUUGUUUUCAGCACAAGUGAUACGUCAGGAGGAGUUCCCGCCGUGGAUUGACAACAAGGACUAUCUGCCACAGUAUGCGUCGCCGACCAACACGUAUUUGGCCAAACUGUCGGAUCAGCCCAAGUCAGAGCCAUCCAAUAGGGGUUCCGUAUCGCCGGUCAACACACGGACGCCAACCGUCUAUGAGAUCUUCACUAUCGAUGAAAGUCGAGAGAAUGGCGGACGAAGUGAUUCGGCGUCGAGUCAGGGCUCGCGCGACAAGUCUGAGACCAAACGGCCGGACGGACAGCAACUCCAACCGCAACCCUCCGAAGGCGUGACGAGGGGUCGCUUCCACUGCACGUCCGCAACAACACCUCAAGACACGGACCGACAGUUGAGUCCAACCAUUGCCGUCAACUUAGGCUUCGAGUCCGACGAUGACAUCGACGACAAGGAUAUGGUCUAUAAAUUAUAGCAGAUUUUUAAACUCAUAAUUCAUUUUAAUUUAAAUAUAUUUUUAUUAUAAGAAAUAUAAAAUGAAAGCAAUUUUUAGGAUAAAUAUUAAAUAAUAAAGCGUUUUAUUUUGUCAAUCAAUUCAUACAAAUAAAAGUAUAAAACAAGAGUUAAGAGUAA